AUGCGCGCAGUAUACGCUAUUAUUCUCCUUCAUAUCGCAUUGUGGGCAUUUGACGACCUGCCCUGGCAGCUUAUCGCGUUUUCAAUUGCCGCACAUCUCACUUACCUCCAAAACUUUUCAGCCAACUGGCCCCUUAUCACUCUCACAUCUCCAUCAUUCUUACUUUCAUGUGUCUUCGUGAUAGCCGAUCACUUUCUCUGGUUUUUUUACUUUGCGCGCAUUACACAAGAGACGCGCCAGCGCGGUCGUAUUCCUCGCGGACGAAUUAGCCCUUAUCGAAGAGAUGUACAAGACACAUGGGCCGAGCCACCCAAAUUUGCGGAAAUCGCAACAUUCUUUACCAUUUGUGUCUGGCUCGUACCGCUAUAUUUGUUCCUGAGCUUGAGCGCGAUGGAUAAUGCAUUGCCAACUUCAAGUGGCGUUGCCUCUCCUAAACCUGGGCACCACGCCGCACCGGCUCCGCAACGCACCUCACUCAUCAAAUCUUUCAUGUCAUUCAUCCCAUUCUCCGCGUUCCAAAAGAAGCGUGCCGGUCACGCUCGUCAGAGGUCGGAAGGUAUUAUCGCGCCUCGCACUCCAAAUCGGUCUCCAAUGCUAUCUCCAUCUUUGGGCGGAUUACCUCAGGGCAGCUGGUCCCUAAGCGGAGAGGAUUUGUUUGCCGACAACAACCCACCGCCAAAGCUCACACCGCCCCCACCUAGACGGGUUACCACGGACGGUCUUGGCCUUGGGGUGAACGGGGGACAUGGAAUCCCGCGUGUGAAUAGUGCCACCAACCUCAGGACCGGAAAUGCCUCCCCUCGUCUGGGAGUAAACCUAAUAGAUAGCCCGCGAGGGAGCAUGGACUUGCUUGAUGAUACUCCCCGUUAUGGCCUGAACGGAGGUCCCUUAACUGGAACCGGUGCCCGCUCCAGAAUAGCCAGUCGUCGCGCGCUGAUCCCAGAAGGGAAUGAAAUUGAUAGUCCGGGAGGCCCAUAA